AGGGCGAGGGAGACUGGGCGGCUCGCUGUGGUAGGAGGGGCUGUGAGAAGUUUUGCGUCAGGAAACCUAAGGACUCAAGACGGCUCCCAGCUUUGGCCAAGCUCACAUGGUGCAUCUGGAAUAGAACCUCUAAGGGUCUGGAUUUGCAGAAGCCAUGGUUGGGAAGAGAAGUCUGGUGUUCCUUAAGAUGGCCUGAUAUGAAGGCGUCACACUCCCUGCCUCCCCAAGCCUCUAGCGCUGCCUGGUUGCUGCCUUAUCCUUCAAGUGCAGGAGCCAGUUGAAACAUCAGGAAUGGAAGCCAAUGUGACCAUCCCAAUCUGGCAAAAUAAGCCGCAUGGCGCUGCUCGAAGUGUAGUGAGAAGAAUUGGCACCAACUUGCCCCUGAAGCCAUGUCCCCGGGCAUCCUUUGAGACCCUGCCCAACAUCUCUGACCUGUGUCUGAGGGAUGUGCCCCCAGUUCCUACCCUGGCUGACAUCGCCUGGAUUGCUGCAGAUGAAGAGGAGACUUAUGCCCGGGUCAGGAGCGAUACACGCCCCCUGAGGCACACCUGGAAGCCCAGCCCUCUGAUCGUCAUGCAGCGCAAUGCCUCAGUGCCCAACCUGCGUGGGUCAGAGGAGAGGCUCCUGGCCCUGAAGAAGCCAGCCCUCCCAGCCCUCAGCCGCACCACCGAGUUGCAGGAUGAGCUGAGCCACCUGCGCACCCAGAUUGCCAAAAUAGUGGCAGCUGACGCAGCCCUGAAUGUUGCAAACCAGAACACAAAGCUACCUGCAGCUCGUCUGAAGAGGAUGACUGCGUCUCUCUGUCCAAGGCCAGCAGCUUUGCAGAUAUGAUGGGUAUCCUAAAGGACUUCCACCGGAUGAAGCAGAGCCAAGAUCUGAGCCGGAGUUCACUGAAGGAGGAAGAUCCUGCUGUUCUUAUCUCUGAGGUUCUAAGGAGGAAGUUUGCUCUGAAGGAAGAAGAUAU